AUGAUAUGGGGUAAUUAUGAAAGUAAAAUGAAAACUGUCGGUCAUCAUAGUGGAGAAUCAUUUCUUAGGUAUUAUUUAAACUAUAAGAAGACGAGAAGGCCUGAGAGUGUGAUGCUCUACAGCAAUGGCGAAUGGUCGGAUUAUCCCAGAGAUGUUCUUGACAUGAUUAAGAAUGAUUUAGAAAUAAACAAGACAGUUGUAGAAAUAGUGUUAAAUGGUCAUGAUCUUAUGUUAGAUUUCUUACACAUGUGUCAGGUGGACUUGAAAACUGGUUUAAAACAACCCAUAGCAUGGAUUGAUGAGGCAGGGAGCUACUUUUUCCCUGAAGUUCAUGUUGCUUCGGAUGAAGAAUCUUAUAACUUAUGCGACCAAGAGCGUAUGAAACUAUAUAGUGAAAUCAAAGUGAAUGAAGUUGAUGAGUCCAAGUUGGUGACAUGUACAGGAAAGUCCAAUGGUGGUGAAAACAUUUUGCACAAUAAUGUAGGUUUAGUUCCUUACACUGAAUUUGCACAAGGAAAAUUGGAUUUGGAUUUGGUACAGGAUAUGUUCCUUAGCGGAAUGAGUACUUUUGGCAAUACUGAUUUUGAGAUAAUGGAGACAUAUCGUUGCUUAGGUGCAUCAAUGCAAGCACGGUUGGAGCUAUUCCAUAUGCAAUCUGAAAUUACAAAAAAAAUCCAUGGGGAUGUUAAUUUCCGAUAUGCUUGGCUUCCCUUUUAUAGAGGGGAAUUAUCUAAAAUGAUUGAGUAUGGACUUGGGAAUUGUAUGCUAUGUGCAACCAAAUGCACUUAUGGUGUUGGUGUUCAUCUUGCGGCGGUUACCUGCCCUUAUGCGAGUGCUCGUUAUUGUGAUAUUGAUGAAAAUGGUAUUCGACACUUGGUCCUUUGUCGUGUAAUAAUGGGGAACAUGGAAGUUCUUCAUCCUGACAUCGACGCCGACACUAGUCAGUUUCAACCUAGCAGCUUUGAAUAUGAUAAUGGGGUAGAUGAUAUCCAAUGCCCAAGAUACUAUAUUGUAUGGAAUAUGAAUAUAAAUACUCACAUCUAUUCAGAAUUUGUUGUUAGUUUUAAGGUCUCAGAGGAUGUUGAAGGAUAUUUUUGUGGAACUAAGGAAGAGCAUAACGGUUCUCGUGCUAAUUCUUCUAGGGCCAAUUCAGCUAAUCAUGGUUCUUGUUACAUGUUACAGUCAACCUCUUUAGUGGACAAUGGAAUAACUACUAGUGGGGUUGCUGACCCCCCCAAAAUUCCGAAAUCUCAUUGGCUUCCUUUGCAUAUGCUUAUUGGUGCUAUCAGUGAUAAAGUUCAUGUCAAUGAUAUGACUAUCAUCAAAACACAUUAUGAACUAUACAAGACAAAACAGAUUUCCCGCAAUGAUUUUGUGAAGGAGUUGAGGUUGAUUGUUGGAGAUACAAUCUUGAGAACAACAAUAACAAAUCUUCAAUUUAAGGUACCAUCAAAUGAUGAAUGA